AUGUUGGCCAAAUUCAGACAACCAAAGCCGACCUUUUCACAAUAUCCCACCGCCCAGACAACGCAGGUCCAGAACUCUCGUCUGAGGCUACUCAAUGGCCUGAGGACUGGGCAGUACCCACUCAUGACCUUUUUGGCUAUCCCCUCAGUACGCCAGGCGCAAAUUGUUUCUCUGUGUGGUUUCGACGGCAUCAUUAUAGACUGCGAGCAUGGCCACAUUGGAGAUGAGGCGAUGCACAACUCGGUCGCCGCCAUCUCCGCAUUGGGAGUGUCGCCAGUCAUUCGCAUCCGUGGGCCUGCCCACGACAUCAUCAAGCGGGCGCUCGAUACCGGCGCCCACGGUAUCAUGGUGCCACAAAUCAACACGGCUGAGGAAGCCGCGCAGAUUGUGGCAUCCUCCAAGUUCCCACCUCAGGGCGUGCGUGGCCAGGGCUCCGCAUUCCCCGCUAUCGGAUACGGUCUCACAACGCCUGAGUACAUGAAGGUUGCCAACGAGACCCUGGUGACUAUGAUCCAGAUUGAGACGCGCGCCGGUGUCGAGAAUGUCGAGGCUAUCUGCGCCGUACCGGGUGUUGACAUGGUAUUCAUUGGCCCCAACGACCUAGCUCAGUCCCUGCUCGGCUAUACCCCUGCUAGAGGUGACGAACCGGAAUUUGUCGCCGCAUUGGAUAAGAUCGUGGCAGCAGGGCGGAAAUAUGGCAAGUGGGUUGGGCGAAUGGUGAACAACGGCACUGUGGCGAAGGAUGUUCGGGGGACCUUUGACACCGUGGCAAUAACUGGUGACACGAAGGCGAUACAAAACUGGUACAUAUCUGAAAUUGACCUGGCUAAGUCUUGA